UGGCUGCUACCUCCUCCGCCUUCUCCUCGUUCUCUUCCUUUCCAUGGCGGAAAAUAGGCACUGGCCUUCGCUGUGCCAGCUCCGCCAUCGCUCCUCUCUACCAUGCUGCCUAUAAACAAUCCCGUUCCUCUCGUGCUAUCCCUCGCCUCGUUCCCUUGUUCAUUCGGCCAAUCUCUCGGCGGUGGCGCCGCCGACUAAUUGCCCUGUCCUUGUUCCACCGCUGGACAUCGGCAUAAGCGACGGAAUCCAUGGAGGGUUCGGUGGUGACGCCACGGAAGUCGAUCCGGGAGGUAGUGAUGGAGAAAAUGCGGGCCCACCGUGCCGAGCUGCAGGAGAGGAAGCAGCUGAAGCGCAAGCGGAGCAAGAACUUCUCCUUCGACGGCGAUCGUCGCGUCUCCAGGGCGGUCGUCUUGGGCGGCGAUGACGAGACCAUGUUCUGGGAGGAGGAGGAUGGCACCAUGGAGAUGGCCCAGAUAGGGGCCGAUCGCACCAAGAACGUGCUCAUCCUCAUGAGCGACACCGGCGGUGGCCAUCGCGCUUCCGCCGAAGCAAUCCGCGACGCCUUCCGCAUUGAGUUCGGCGACGAGUACAAGGUUUUUGUGAAGGAUUUGUUCAUGGAACAUGCAGGUUGGCCUUUGAAUAACAUGGAGAGUUCCUACAAAUUUAUGGUGAAGCAUGUGCAGCUCUGGAGGAUGGCCUUUCACGGAACCUCGCCUCGUUGGAUCCAUAACAUCUAUCUAGCUGCCAUUGCAUCAUUCUACACCAAGAAAGUGGAAGCCGGUCUGAAGAAGUACAAGCCCGAUAUCAUAAUCAGCGUUCACCCCCUCAUGCAGCACAUUCCUUUGUUGGUUCUGAAAUGGCAAAACCUUCAAAAUAAAGUUGCUUUUGUUACCGUCAUCACCGAUCUCAACACUUGCCACCCUACAUGGUUCCACUCUGAUGUCAAUAGAUGCUACUGCCCCUCUGAGGAAGUAGCAAAGAGAGCAGCAUUAGAUGGCCUACAGCCUUCUCAAAUCCAUGUGUCUGGUUUGCCCAUCAGACCUUCCUUUUGUCGUGCUGUUCUCGUCAAGGAUGAAUUGAGAAAAGAACUUGAGAUGGAUCCUGAUCUCCCUGCUGUCUUACUGAUUGGAGGAGGUGAAGGAAUGGGGCCAGUGAAAAAGACUGCAAAGGCCCUUGGCGAAUCACUAUUCGACAAGGAGAAUGGAAAACCAAUUGGGCAACUUCUUGUCAUUUGUGGCCGAAACAAAACUCUUAGUGAAACACUCCAGGAGCUUCCAUGGAAGAUCCCAGUGAAGAUCAUGGGGUUUGUAACUGGAAUGGAGAGAUAUAUGGGAGCUUGUGAUUGCAUUAUAACAAAGGCUGGACCGGGAACGAUCGCUGAGGCUUUGAUAAGGGGACUUCCUAUAAUCUUGAAUGACUUCAUCCCUGGACAAGAGGUUGGAAAUAUCCCUUAUGUCGUCGACAACGGUGCUGGCGUAUUCUCAAAGAGCUCAAAGCAAACUGCCAGCCUCGUUGCUCGCUGGUUCGGCCCUGAAUCAGAUGUGCUGAAGAAAAUGUCUGAAAAUGCACUGAAACUGGCACAACCAGAUGCUGUUUUCGACAUAGUCAGGGACAUUCAUGAGCUCACCGAACAGCGAGGUUCUUUAUCACAAAUAUCCCAUUGCUUGACUUCCUCUUUCUUUCAAUCGAGGAAUACUACUACUCCAUUGAUCGAUUCUACAAUCUAAUCCUUGCAUUUUAUAUUCAAUGUUUCUGUAAAACCAUUGUUGAUAUUCUUUGGCCUUGCAAUUCGGCAUUUAUCCAAGUAGAUUAAUCUCGAGUCCUCACAUUCACUUUGGUGUAAC